CUUCCCUCCGACCGCAAGGAAUUAUGUCGUCGAUCCACCGUUACCGCGUCUUAGCUGAGUCUUGGACCAAGUUUGAGAUUGGCCCAUUAGCAUCGCCGUAGUUCGUACAGCGGGCGGGUAGAGCGUUGAGGAUAUGCCGGGCGGCCAAUCCCAACCACAGGCCAUCGUGGAUAAACCCACUCAGCGGAAGAUCUACUACACGUGUCGCAGCUGUCGCCGUCUGCUGGUGCGAUGCACAGUCGACGAAAACCCACCUUGUUGGCAAUGUGAAACUGACGGCAGGGAGUGUGUCAUUGAAGAAUAUCCCGGCGACCGCGGGAGAGCGGCUCGAUCUUCACAGGGAAAGGAUAAAGAAGGUACCAGGUGCUGGAUCAACAAGGGCGUCAACUGAGGCAUAUUCCUGGGUCUUAUCAACAGCUUGCCUUGUCUGGAGAUGCUGUGACUCAUUCACCUUCUUUGC